CAUGUCCGCGAAUAUCGAACUUUAUGCCAGUGGACAUUUAUACUGUAUGCAUUAGUUAAUGUCGAAAGAGUGUUAAAUUUUCUUAUUCCAUUGGCAGAUGAUUUUGCUUCUUUCUAGAAAUACAUGCUUAAAAUUAGCAAAAUUAUCUGCCAAUAGACCAGGACUAUUUCAAGCUUGGAAUGAGUACAGAAAAUGUGCAGGAGGAAAAUGUGAAUACAGCCAAUGCCACACUGUUGUCUCUCAGCCUGUCACUCUCAUAGUCAUGGCUAAAGGGAGGAAGACACCAGCUGGAUCAGGUGACAAGACAAUAAUGAAGCAUCCCAAGCCCGUUUUCACCAAGGUCUCUACACAGGCUCAUCUGGAACAGAAGCUCUCUGUGUGUAGCAAACUGUGUUUCGCUAUUGGAGGGGCACCUAAUCAAGUUGCAGGGAGUGCAACUGCUUUUUUCUUACAGAUAUUUCUGCUGGACAUCGCGCAGAUAAACCCAUUUCAGGCCUCCCUGGUGCUGUUCAUUGGGAAAGCUUGGGGUGCUGUUACUGAUCCUGUUGUGGGAUUCUUCAUCACUAAAAGCAGAUGGACAAAAAUUGGCCGACUCAUGCCAUGGAUGGUUGGCUGCACACCAUUUACCAUUGUGUCCUACUUCUACUUGUGGUUUGUUCCCCCUUUCACCAAUCAAAGGUACAUGUGGUAUCUGGGAUUCUACUGCCUCUACCAAACUCUCAUCACAUGUUUCCAUGUGCCUUACUCAGCAAUGACCAUGUUUCUGAGCACAGACCAGCAGGAAAGAGACUCAGCUACAGCAUACCGUAUGACCCUGGAGGUGUUGGGGACAUUGGUUGGUGCAGCCAUCCAGGGACAGAUUGUUGCGAGUGCUCAUACACUAAAACACUGCCCCCAUAAUAACAUGUCAGUCGGGCACCUGGGAAACGGCAGUGGAACGGAGGUCAUCAGAAGCCUGGCGCUGUCACAGGACUUCCUGUCACAUGCAAAAGAAGUGUACAUGGUUGCUGCAGGGGUGAUCGGGGCAAUCUUUCUUAUCUGUACAGUUGUGAUGUUCCUGGGAGUCAAAGAGACAGAUGACCCUUAUGGACUAAAGACGGAGAAACCCAUUCCUUUCCAUAAGGGCUUUGUGCUGGUGAUGAGACAUGGGCCAUAUCUCUCCCUCACAGCAGCUUUCCUCUUCAUAUCCGUGGCCAUCCAGCUGAUCCAGAGUAACUUUGUGUUGUUCUGCACAUAUGCAGUGGAUCUCCGGGAUCACUUUCAAAAUAUAGUGCUAGCGAUUCUGAUGUCUGCAGCCUUGAGCAUCCCUUUCUGGCAGUGGUUCCUCCAGAGGUUUGGCAAGAAGACAGCAGCGUUCUGUGGAAUUACGUGGAUCAUGCCCUUCACUGUGAUGCUGGCAUUCGUUCCAAACUUGAUGGUGGCUUAUGUGGUGGCUGUGUCUUCUGGACUGAGUGUAGCUGCAUCACAACUUUUACCCUGGUCAAUGUUGCCAGACGUAGUGGAUGACUUCAGACUGGCAAACCGCAACUCGAAGGGCCAUGAGGCGAUCUUCUACUCCUUCUAUGUUUUCUUCACCAAGUUUGCAACAGGGAUCUCUCUGGGAGUGUCCACGCUCUGUUUAGAAUUUGCAGGCUAUGACACAGGGGCAUGUAGGCAGCCCAGUGCAGUAGUAUACACUCUGAAACUCCUGAUUGGCAUGGCACCAGUGGCAUUUAUCAUCACAGGCCUUGUCAUCCUCCUGCUGUACCCCAUCAGUGAAGAUGUGAGACAGCGGAACAAACUGGCCCUGGAGGAUCUCAGAAACCAGACUAUAAACUGCAGCUGCCUCAGAGAAGACCUGAACAGUGCAUAAGCCCUUUCACAUCACAGAUUCAAAUUCCAGCUUGGCCCUGGGAUGAGAUGUGUUAGUGUACAUUACACUGUGUUAAAUAUAAGAAAGUUAACGUUUCAUUUUUUCUCUGUAUUUUUAAACGAUAUAAUAAUCCGCACUGCAUAUAAACAGUAUGUACGUAAUUUAUAUGAAUGAAUGUAUGUUUCUUUCUCUUUUUAUGCUGUUACAAAUGGAUAUUAUUUAACUAUUUGAGUUCAACCUAAUUGAAAGCAAUAUCAUGGUGCUGUUAACAUGGAUUUGCCAAUGUUACUCGAAAAUGCUAUAUUAUAAAACAUUAUAGUACACUUUUAGUACAAUAUACCUCAAGGUCAGAUAAUAAAAUAAUAAAUAAUCUGAUUUAAAAGGACCUCAUAUUUAAUUCACAGUACUUUUGUUCGAAGGAGGUGAUAGUUCACGGGACAUAUUUGGAGUCUUCAAUACUAAAAGUAAACAUUUACAGUAUAUACAACUGUAAUUGUAACCCAAGCCAAAACUAUUAGAUACUUUGAAAGUUACAAUGAAAGAUACUCUGGCCAGUAACGUCUGUCCUCACAACACAGUCUUACUUGCCAAAAUGAUCUCAGUUGAAAAGUUAAGUUUAUGGUGAGGGGCACAGAAUUUACACAGUGUGUAAAUAUAAAAUUGUUGUUUGACUUAUUGCUUCGAGUUCAAUAACCUGAAAAUCUGGAAAGCUCCAUGAGCUUUGCAGUAACUCCUCUGGUUUGUUUUCUAGAACGUUUCAGAAAUAUAUCAAGAUAUUUGAAGAUUUUAUCACAUAAACAAAACUACUAAGGUGAACAGAGAACUAACUAUUUAAUUCUCACUCAUUAGAAUUCAUAUAAAUGUGGCAUCAGAGAUGUGCUAUGAAAAGAAAUCAUUACAAUUUUAAACAAUGUUUUUUGUCAACAAUCUCUUUUGACCUGAGAUGCAUGACAGGUGUUUACACCAACAAUAAACAUUAAACCAUAAAAAGCA